AAAGAAGGCGCCUAACAAGAGGCUGAUAGUCUCCAAGAUGUCUGAGGUACCUCAUUCUAUGGAACAGGAGAAGUUUAGUGGGAAACUUGAACGGACAGGAAAGAGAGUUUUAACUUGGAAUACUAAUGCCUAUGGGUAUGGCUCUGGUACUACAUCAUUGUAUCAAUCACAUCCUUGGGUGCUGGCUGUUUUUCCAAGUGGAGAGGCACUAGGGGUUCUUGCUGAUACAACAAGACGAUGUGAGAUUGACUUGCGGGAAGGAUCAACUAUAAAGUUUGUUGCCCCACAAUCAUAUCCUGUCAUCACAUUUGGUCCAUUUGCAUCGCCAACUGAUGUUUUGGUCUCUUUAUCUCAUGCAGUUGGGACUGUAUUUAUGCCACAAAGUGGGCACUGGGAUAUCAUCAAUGUCGUUGGAGCUAUUACCCAGAGGCUCGAGUUCGUGAGUCACUACUUACAUUCGAAACAUUUUGUUCCUCUAUCACCUCUUCCUUAUUGCUUGCUCAUCUACUACCGCUUGCAGAUUGCCAAAACAUUUAGGCAGAAGGGCAUUCUUGUGAUGUCAUUUGGAUGGACAUUGAUUACAUGGAUGGUUUUCGUUGUUUCACUUUUGACCAGGCAUGUUCUUAUUAGA